CAUCCAGCCCCAAUGAACCACACAUAAGUACUAUAAGCACGCCUUGCUGCAAACCGUGGAACCCGCUGACAGGCUGCAGGUCAGACCCGCGGAACCCCCUCAAACCCCUCAACAGCCUCAGGAAUCCCAGAAAUCUCAGCAAGAGUACUCAAGCUUAACCUGCUCUUUGUCGUCCACCAUGGCGCCUCAAGACUCUGCUGGGCGGAUUCCCAAGCAGAGUUUCAUUAUCUCGAUUUCCGUGCUACUAGUCCCGGCUAUCUUGGGCGUGUUUGCGCGCCUGUUCAUCCGCCUGCGCAUUCAGAGGCAAAGACCCUCAACGGACGACUAUCUCCUGGUCGUUGCCCUCGGCUUCCUCCUGGCGAGUAUCAUCAUCAUGUAUACGGAGGUGGUGGAUCGGAUGUAUCUGGUCUUUGCCAUCAGUCAAGGCAUGACCGAUGUCGCCAUUCCUGCGGAUAUCAUCCAAGUCUCGUACUUGUUCCAUCUCUGGAGCGAUGUCUGUCUCUUGAUCUCCUGGUGUGCUUUCAGUGCCGUCAAACUGAGCUUCCUCUUCUUCUUCCGGAAGCUGAUCGAGCGGAUGAAGGCCUGGCAGCUGUACUGGUGGGCCAUCUUCAUCUACACGAUCUGUGUGCUGAUCUACGGAUCCUUGAUCUUCUUCGUCAGCUGUCCCUACUUCUUCGAUCCCCGCGAGAAUGCGUGCGCGACCGGAAGCAACAAGCAGGUGAUUGUGAAUGAGUCCAUCGCAUUGGCAGUCCUCGAUAUAGUGGGUGACUUUUUGAUCCUUGUGAUUCCGAUCCACGUCAUCUGGAAGGUCCGGGUACGAUGGCCGCAAAAGGUCCUCCUGACCUGCUCCCUCUGCCUGACGGUCAUCAUGAUUGCCCUCUCGAUUGUGCGGGUCUGUGGGCUCGUGGCCGGCGAGAUGGUCGACACCAUCUGGGAGACAUAUUGGCAAUUCUUGAGCGCCGAGGUCGGGGUCUUCCUGGCGGCGGCCGUCUCGUUCCGCUCGCUUUUCGUGGCCCACCAAAAGUCCUAUGCCCCGGCCCACUACUCGGUCAAAAAGUUUCUGCAGCAGUCGUUCCAAUCCCCGCGGAAGCGCGAUCCUCUGACCCUAACCGAGUCAUGGCUCGAGAUGCCCGAAUCCGACAUGGAAGCGUUAUCGGGUAAUAAUAUCGAUGCCACUCAUCCAGCCCGGGGGGAGUGACAG